GAGUGAUGAGACUUCUCGGUAGCUGACUAGCUGGUUCAAGUUAUUGAUAAAAAAAAAAAAUUUCAAUUUGUAACGAGUGAAGCCGUCCCUGCUUGCGCCAGGACCCGAUCGACCCGUCGCUAGUCGGUGUAAGUUAACACCCACAACCUGUUCGAUAAAAUUCCCCACUGGGUGGGCGGACCGGCGGAGUUAGCAUUUUUCUUCUCCGGGGACAGUCAUCUCGUUGCUUGGGGAUUUCACUCCCUAUUUCCGUCAUCAUUCCUCAAAUAAAGCGUCUCAGUCCCUUCUCUGAGACAAUUGCUAGUUUCUGUUAGUCCGAAAGUUCUUCGCAGAGGAAAUUGGCUGUCAAUGGCUGCGUUUUCUCCCUCACAAGACUCCCUUACCGGCUCCCAGAUGGAGCAUUCUGGGUCUCAGGGGUUGGAAGUAAAGAUUGAAGCUUCAGCACAAAACGAGCCAGCUGCUACACUCUUAGUUCGUCAUCUUCCUGAGGGCAUCCGCUAUGACACUCUUUCCCGCCUCUUCUCUCACUACGGCGCUUACUCGGUUCGCCCCUGCAGUGGUGGAAGGAUUAUAAUGCUAGUCAUGUACAUUGAUGUUUUGUUGCGGCCACACUAGAUGGGGAAGAAGAUUGAAGUCUGUGGCUUGAGGUGAUACCGUAUGCCAUCACACUCGAGCAGCUAAGUCCGUCUCCAAAUGGUCUCCAUAUUAAGGAACUGUGCGUUUAUUGAUUUCAAAAAUGAUGCAUUGGCUUAUCAAGCUUUGCGCCAGUUGAAUGGGGUCAGGUUUCUUGGUAAAGUUCUAAAAGUUGAGAAAGCCAACAAGAUUAAUGAGGAUCACAGAAGUAAACAAAGUGAGAACCAAGGGAGGAAACAUAAUAUACUUCCAAUACCGAGUGCAAGGGAUACUCACACAUCGGGAACAGACAUUAGUGGUGAGUUGAAGUCGGGAGCAUUUAUAGCUAGUCAGCCAAUUGCUCCAAAACUUGGAGUAGACUACCCAUUUCCUGCUCACUUAGGGUAUGCCUAUCCUCCACCUGAUGGAAACAUCUUGACCAAUAUUGUCAAUGCACUGAUUGCGGUUCCUCGGUUUUACACACAGGUGUUGCAUUUGAUGAACAAAAUGAACAUUCCAGCUCCAUUUCGCAUGGCACUGCCUACCCCUCCUUUACCACCUUCUGAAUCUGCACCAGCUCCACCUCCACUUGUUGAAGCAUAUCAUCAAUCAGCAGACGUAUCCAGUAGUGAGUCUGAAUUGGAGUCUUCUGACAAGGAUGUAGAUGACAAAGCCUCUUCUCUUGGACCUGUUGUUAAAUCUGGACGAAAGCGUAGAAGAGAGGCAAUAGUGGGCCCCGCAUUUGAUAAACAAGUUGCUCAUGAAACAGUGGGAUUGAAACUUGCCACCUUGCUUCCAAAGGAAAUCCCUAUUGUAAAGAAGAAAAACUCUAUGCUGCAGAUCAAAAUUGCCCCAAAAGAAGUUCAGAGUGAAGAGAAAGGUAGUAGCAUUGAAGCUGAAUCUGUGGAGCCAGAGCCUCAGACUCCAAAUGAUAAAGCCUAUGCAGCUCCAGAAGAAAUACAGAGUAACAAGCUUGUACCUGAGGAAAUCCUAUCAUUGCCGAAGUUCAAGAACUACACAGUAGGGCAUCCAGCAACUGUACUUUACAUAAAGAACCUGGCAAAGGACGUGGUUGCAGAUGACUUUUCUUAUGUCUUCGGGUCACUCUUUGGGAGUACUGAUGCAGCUAAAAAUGCGCUUAAUGUGAAGCUAAUGCAGGACGGAAGAAUGAGGGGCCAGGCCUUUGUCACAUUCCCAUCGGUUGAACUUGCACAUCAGGCCCUGAAUCUAGUAAACGGUUACAUGUUCAAAGGCAAGCCAAUGAUCGUUCAGUUUGGGCGGAAUCCUUCAGCCAGCAGCAAGCCUGAUUAAGCAUAAGUCUCCAUUAGGGUCUUUCUUUCUAGGCACAGUUGGCCUGCAUCUUCAAAUGUAAAUUCGUUAGACCGCUGAUAAGUGCAACUCAUGCAAAUGCCUGAAAGCUCAAACCAUCUCUCUGACUUUGAAGUCUAACGUUCACCAAACGCAGGAAGCAAUUUGCAUACACUCCAGCAAAAUCAACAGCUCUGGAAAACGUUGAAGGGAAGAAGGAUCCGAUGAUAAUAGGAACUCCAAGCACCAUUGCCAUGACCAAACGUGCGGCAGCAGAUUCUUCAGCUUUUCCUGGUGGUCCUUCAACUUCCGAGCCACCUGAAGACCUUGAUCUGUCGAAAAUUACCAUUCCGGGAUUUCCGGGACCAUCAGCACCAGCAAAUACCACCAAACCUGCCUGCCCACUACGCAUCCCAGGUACUAAUGUAGUUUUAAAAGUAAAGCUUGUUUCCUUCUCAGAAUCUGCUUUCCCAAAUAUUAGGUCUAAAGUGUCAAGAAGCUGUUUGGGGAAGCUAAGAGCGUAACCUAUCAAGCUGGUUGCCAGAGCAGAGAAUGCAAAUCCUUGAACAGCAGGUAGAGCAGAAGGAUUGACAGAAAGCAAGAGCGAGAUUGGAUCAGUGGUCGAUGCAGCCAUAUUAUUAACCCUAGCAAGUCCCAAAACAAUCAAAUUCCAUGACAAAACCAUGAUGAGAGGAACAGCACCACCUAUCAAAACUGCCUUUCGAGCUUCAGAGACGGUAUUCCCAGCAAUCUUACAUAUGAAAGGUGUAAUCACAUGGAAGCCUAAAGUGAGCACUGCAACAGGCACAGCAGGCAAAAUUGAAGAAACCCUCCAGGACGAUCGAGCAAAAGAGCUCAACACAUUUGCUCUAGCAACAUACAAACCUACUGUGACCAAAGCUGUUAUGGAGAAAACCAUGAGCAAGCACAAGAACCGAUUUGCAGUGUCGAUGACAUUAAAAGGAAAGAAGGCGAUUAUCACCCCAGCAGACAGUGGGAACAAUCCAUGAGUUACCAACGGGUUCAUCAUGGGAAGCCACUGAGAUAAAAUUGAUCCAAUCCCAGAGACACAAGCUACCAACAGAGCAAAAUUCAGGCUUGCGUAAACGACGGCUACCAAAGGACCAAAAUGGCGUCCUAAUGAUCUUGUUGCAAGUCCAGUAAAGCUCACCUCCGAAACUCCAUCCUCUUGCAUUGCAUCAAAGCUCAGCUCAGCUACGAGAAUGAUUGAGGAGAUUACGUACAGCCAGCACAAGACAAUGGCAAUGGUUGAUGGUAAUGCACCAGCUUUCAUAGUUGCAGCAGGUAAUCCCAGCAUUCCUGGGCCUACUGCUGUGCCAAUGACUAAAGUUACAGCUCCCCAAAAGUUCUUCUUCACCCCUUGUUGGAGAUCUUGGGAGGUUUCAACCACUCGAGUUAUUGGAAUGAACUGUUUGUCUACCGUUUCAUCAGGAAGUGAAGCAGGAUAAGCGUUUUCUGGGUUGCUUCUUGGGAUGAGAAGCGAAGGUUUGCCCCAUAAGGUGACGAGCUUCCUUGGAGUAGCGGAAAUGGAGAUUCUUGGGAGUUGAAAACUGAAUUUUGAAUCGUUGGUAAUGGUUCUGGGUUUUGGUUUCCACAGAAAGUGGAGGUGAGAUGGUGGAUGAAGAUGGAAAAGCAUUGUGUUGCAAAGGCGAGAUUUUUAGCUUUGUUCAGAGUUUCCGGGCAUUGUUCUGACGAAGGUUAUUGUAUCUUGAAUGUGGGAAAUAUUGGCCUUUGUGUCUUCGAGCUUCCGAGGCGAGAAAAGUAGC